AUGUCAAUAGUAUCUUGUAGUCUUUUCCAAAGAGCUCAAAUUUCUGCAACCCAUAAUGGUGUGAAAUCAAUCUUGAAUUUCAGGUCUGUUUCAAAAUCUUGGCUUUCUUUAGUCUCUAACAAUGAAUUUAUCAAAACCCAUCUCAGUAUAUCUGCUAAUAACAAGGAUUUCACUCACCAUAGGCUUAUCUUGAGUUGUUUUAGACCUGAGAAUGUUGAGGAUAUUUCCCUUAAGGACUGUUCCCUUAGUUCUUUGCUUCAUGACUCUGUUGCUGAUUCAUUUGACUUGGAUUAUCCUAUGAAAAAACUCCAUAAAUAUGUUAAGGUUGUGGGUUCUGUCAAUGGGUUGAUUUGUCUUGUUGUUGAGAGAAAAGACUUCAUUCUCUGGAACCCAUCAAUUAGGAAAUUCAAGAAAUUGUCUGAUUCUAGAGCUGCUAGAUGCUAUUUCGUGUAUGGUUUUGGAUAUGACGAGCUUCACGAUGAUUAUAAGGUAGUGGCUAUUUCCAGUAGUAGCAGUGUGCAUAAGGUUGAGACCAAAAUAUAUAGUCUAAAGGGUGAUUCUUUGACAAGUAUCCAUUAUUUUCGGGUUGGGUUGCUUUCAAGUUUGUCGGGUAUACUUGUGAAUGGGAAGUUUCACUGGGCACAAUAUACUCUUAAUGUUCGUCACGGUUGGGACAUCAUUUCUAUUGAUACGAUUGAUGGGAAAUGGGGAAAGGUGGAGAAACCAUGCUAUGGGGAAGGAGAUUUUGAGUUUACGAUGUGGCCAGGACUAGGAGUGAUGGGAAGUGAUCUUUCUAUGUAUUGUCGUCAUCUGAGAGCUCGCACAGAUUUUUGGAUUAUGAAGGAGUAUGGGGUUAAAAAUUCUUGGACAAAGGUGUUUACCUUUAAUUAUCCUCAUGACAAUCCCGCUGGGCAUAUGUUUUCUCCGCCCUUUAUCAUGUCCAGUAAAGGUGAUAUUUUGUUUCGGUUUGGAUCAGCUUUCGUGAUUUAUAAUCCAAAGGACGACUCCUUCAAAAAUCAAAAGGUUACGAACUGUAAUAUCUUUUGCGAUGCAAACAUCUACAUUGAAAGCCUGGUUUGGCCAUUUUGGCAGAAGGAACCAGUGACGCAACAACGAAAGCUGAAAAAGCUUAGAAGAAAACAAUCUGGUAAAAGUAACUAG